UCGGGAACCCGUUUCCUUCCACUCCAAGAAGCCCUUCCAAAUUCCCGUUUCGCCAUGGAGAGCACCACCACAACGGCUCCAGAUGUCACCAAGCCGACCGAGGAGCCUACGCCGGCUGAGGCGGAAGCAACCGCGCCUGCAGCGACCCCCAUCCCUGCGCCAGCUCGACCGAGUGUCAGUGAGCAGCAAGAGCGGAUCCAACAAGUCAUCGAGGUCACCAAGGCCAGCGUACAAGCGGCGGUGCAAGCGUUGCAGACCUUCGACUGGGAUGUGCCACGCGCCGUGGAGAAGAUCUUGUCUGCACACGAGGCCACAAAGCAAGUGCUCAGCCAACGGAACCCCUCCAACCCACCGGUGAAAUCAACGAUCCCAGUGGCGGCUGCGCCCAUCAUACCGGUGGCCCAACCAGUGAUUCAUCAACUUUAUGCUGGACAUCAAUCUCAAGCUCUCAGCAUUCCAGGCGAGACUGACGCCAUCGAGGGCUGGUUGCUCGCCUUCCUGAAGGGCUUCGCACAAGGCUGCCUGGGUGGCUGUGCCGUGGGCAUUUGCAGUGCCUUUAUUUGAGUGGCCUUUAGCUUGCCAAAAGCAUGUCGAAGAAGCAUCGGGCAUGUUCUUCAGGG